UCUGGUGAAUACUGCCGUUGCUAGUCAACGGAAGGUGCAACUUUUUGGGAUUGCGCGCUAGGCAUUGAAAGGACGCCAUUUUAGUAAAUUGUGUUAUAUGUACGAAGCAAGAAUUUUUUGGUACGAGUUAAAUCUUCCAAGGCAUGAGUGACAGGGAGCAUAGCCCAAGUCAUAGCGGAUCUAAUCACAGCCCUCCGGCUAAUGAUAAGACCCCCACACCACCUAAUUCUAGAGAACAAUCAAGGAGCCGUUCUCGCUCAUACAGCCAACACAGAUCACAUCAUAAAGGAAAAUCUUAUUCUCGUUCAAGGAGUCACUCACGUCCCCGAAAAAUGUCAUAUCGUGGUCGGUACAGGUCAAGAAGCAGAUCACGUUCCCCAAGACGAUACAGGUCUCGGUACUCGCAUUCGAGAUCACGUUCAUACAGUCCACGGGGGAAGUACUAUGGCUACAGUGAUAGGCGGAAAGAAUUCUAUCGCAGCCAUUCUCGCAGUCCUAUGUCAUCUAGGAGAAGACAUAUUGGCAGCAGGGAAAACCCGCAACCUAGCCGGUGCCUGGGAAUAUUUGGCUUGAGCAUCUACACCACAGAGCAGCAGCUGCAUCACAUCAUGUCAAAAUAUGGGCCUGUGGAAAGGGUUCAGGUUGUUAUUGAUGCAAAGACUGGUAGGUCCCGUGGGUUCUCAUUUGUGUACUUUGAAAGUGCUGAGGAUGCAAAGGUGGCUAAAGAACAAUGUACAGGAAUGGAAAUUGAUGGAAGACGAAUUAGAGUAGACUUUUCAAUCACACAGAGAGCCCAUACACCUACACCAGGGAUUUACAUGGGCAAACCUACAUAUUUGACUGAUGGCAGGGGCCAGUGGGGUGGUAGACAGAAAGGCGACAAUGAUUAUUAUGGUGGUUACCGAGGUGGUGGAGGCUAUAGAGGUAGAUCACCAUCCCCGUAUUAUCGCAGACGUCGAUACGAACGCUCUCGUUCCCGUUCAUAUUCUCCACGUCGAUAUUAAGCGCCUAAGAAGGAGAUUGGGGCUACUCAUGGAUAAUCUGCUAUUCAUAACAUUGUUCCCAUAUAUCGGCUGGCAAUAAUAUGUUAGUCUCCUUUGAGGGAGAGUUUCAUUUCUGAUGUAGUUAUUUAGUAGCCAGCACUUGUGUCAGCUUCUGUUAAGUGCUGUAGGACGAUUUAAAUUUCACCGUUUAAAGUUUUUAGACGGGAACACUGUUUUUAAGUUUUCAGUAACAUUUGUUGCCAUAGUUUGAGAAGCGUAUUACAAUUCAUUGGCAACAGAAGUUUUGUGUUCAGUUUAUGUGCCUUGAUGUAAUUGACAAGUUCAUUUUUAUGACAUUCUCAUAAUAGAUAUGUUGUAUUUUAAUCUUAGUUUUUUCAUCUGUUCUUUUGUUGCUGCAUAUAAGUUUUAAAUAGCUAAUAAAGUCAGCAUUAAUUUAUGUAAUUAUCACUUCAAAAGACUUCCAUUGGAUUCAUUCUCAAGAAAAUACCUUUUUUCAUUAAACUUUUUGGCACAGAAUCAAUGUUUUUGUUGUGUUGAUCUUUGAAUGUAAAAUCAGUUUCCCUUUUACCAUGCCUGUAUCAAUAGAAUAAAUAUCAGUUUGAAUUUGUAUUACUUCUAA